AUAAAGCCCACUGAGGGAGUGUAACGUGGUUCAGUAGAGAGCGGACUUCUGGACUAUACCAGUGACGUAGCAUGGCCACCAAUGGAAAAGCAGAGAACGGAGUGACCGAGGAGAUUCCUGCUUUACCGUUCCCCCAGCCGGCCAAGAUCCAAGACAUCCAUCAUACCAAGCUUUUUAUCAACAAUGAAUGGCACAUUUCCAGCAAAGGGAGAACAUUCCCGACUGUGAACCCAGCGACAGGUGUCAAGAUCUGUGACAUCCAAGAAGCAGACAAGGCAGAUGUGGACAAGGCGGUGGAGGCGGCCAAGGCUGCAGGUGAGCGGAGUGCCCCGUGGAGGAAGAUGGACGUGUCCAGCCGCGGGAGGCUCCUGCACAAACUCGCAGACCUGAUCGAGAGGGACCGCGUGUUUUUGGCGACACUGGAGACCAUGGACACAGGGAAACCCUUCCUGCAGUCCUUCUUCAUCGACCUGGACGGCAGCAUUAAGACUCUGCGCUACUACGCCGGCUGGACUGACAAGAUCCACGGGAAGACGAUGCCCGUAGGUCAGUGUGUUAGCGGGCCUGGUUGACCCCCUCAUGUCCAG